UGAGCAUGUUCGCCGAUCCCGCCGUGUUCCACAAAAGAUCGUUCGGAACUUCCUAACUUUGUGACAACUUGUGAUUGUGAACAUAUUUUGAAUUGACACUGACUUGUAAAUAAGUUUUAGAAUAUAUUUAGAUUUAACAUCUAAUCGCAAAUAAACUGUGUGGGAAGGAUACACGAAUAAACUUGCGUAAUUUCACAAAAUGGACUAUAAAACAAGUGAUUGAACCCAAAACACGAACAAGAAAUGGUGUUCUUAUUAGUGAAAGUGAAAAGGACCUGACAAUAUGUGCAAAAACGUGAAGAACGUGUCAUGGGAGACGGAGACCUUGAUGGGUACUCCCCCCAAGUCCAAGUGGGGGAGCUUCGAGCCCAGGGCGGCUCUGUCCCACGUGGGCCUCUUCGUGGCUCUCAUGUUGUACACUGGCGGCGGAGGGUUGGUAUUCCGAGCUCUGGAGUAUCCAGCUGAAAUGGCCAAGCAAGAGUUUCAUAGAGAGCGACUUCUUACCGAGAGAUGGAACUUAAUACGUUUCGUGUCCGAACGCAGCAAUAAUGGCACGGAUAUUGAUAGCGCUGACAAAUUACUCAGCGAGCAUUUAGCUAUAUACGAGAGGGUGCUCGAGGAAGCGUCUUCGAGUGGAUUGGCCCUGGAAGUAGAGAACAAUUUUCCUCCGGUUGAAGAAAAAUGGAGCAUACUGCAAGCUGUGUUCUUUUCUUCGACUGUGCUCACCACUAUAGGAUAUGGUAACAUAGUUCCAGAGACUUUUUGGGGGAGAUUGUUUUGUAUCGCCUAUGCGCUUAUUGGAAUACCUCUUACAUUGACUGUCAUUGCGGACUUGGGUCGUGUGUUUGCUACACUUGUUUCAAUAAUCGCUAAGCAACUGCCUGCGAUGCCAAAGUGCUGUAGUAGAGUUUCUGAAGCUAAUCCUUCUGGGCAGAGAACACUAUAUGCCCUGGGAGCUGUAGGCUUCUUAUUCUUGUAUUUAUCAGCGGGUGCAGGCCUAUUUAAAAUGUGGGAAGAUGACUGGACUUUCUAUGACGGAUUUUAUUUUUGCUUCAUUACUAUGACCACAAUUGGAUUUGGAGAUAUCGUCCCUAAAAGACCAAAGUACAUGUUGAUAUGUACGGUUUACAUUUUAAUCGGUUUGGCACUGACUUCUACGAUUAUCGAGCUGGUGAGGCGGCAGUAUGCCAGGUCUUGGCAGCAACUUCGGGCGCUUUCCGGCCCGUUGGCAGACACGCUGCGAAGGUUAGGCGACGCCGGCAGAGGGGUGGAUGUCUCUGCACUGCACAGCGACCUUCGCAAAGUACUUACAGUGGUGACUAUGCCACGGCUAAGCAGCGCUGGUGGUAAUGCUCUCUCUGACAAAAGAAGACUGGAGUGGGAGGCUGCAGUGGACGCUGUCAUCAGAGACAUCACAGCCCCCAUCCCUACUCAGAAACCUCCAAUAGUUCAAAUUGUUAUUUACGAAUCAUCAGUUUAGACUAAAUGGAAAUUAGAAAGUAAAAAGCUGUCUGAAUAUUAUUAGACAUCAAUGACACAAGCUCAAUUGCCGACACAUUACUAAUGUAAUGCUUUCAUUAUUGCCACUGCUGACGCCAUAAUUUCCAUUUAUAAUACGAGGCUUGAUCACGGCCGCUCUCGUUCCGCGUGAUAUUUAGACAUUACGCGUCAAAGUUCAAGGCUAGUUACCCUUGUUCGUCGAAUUAAAGCACCCAAUACAUAAUCGCUAAAAUGCCGCCUCGUUAUGAUUAUUGUUAGGGCAGCUCUAAUGAGAAAACUCUCAAGCAUGUGGGUUUGUUUGCGUGCCAACAUCACAAAAAGAAGUGUCUAUGUGUUUAUACUCAUUGGAAUUUUUGUUUUGACGUUUUUUGUAAAGACGUUAUGACUGGCUGCUUUAUUGUCUAGACAAGUGUGAUGAAUAUAUUUAUUUUAUAGGUUACUCUCGGUAAUGGUUGAGCGAAUGGAUUGUAUCAUUAACUAAGCCAUUUUACAAUUUAUUUUGAAUUCGCAACGUCUUUGAAUGUGUCUGUCUCGCAGAUAUAAAUGAUGCGUCUGGUUGCACUGUCGUGUGUCGUGUCGGAAGUGUAGCGAUCGUUACCGUGAUAGAUUACACCUACAGACAAUAAAGCUUGUAUAAACAAAUGUUACUUGUAAAUUAAACGACAGGAUAGUUUCGAGUAAAGUUGUGGUUUGUCUAUUUCGAUUUUCAUAGGGUUAUGAAAUAUCUGGGUUGUAAUUUAUAGUUUAAUCAGAAGAUGAGUUACUUGGAGCAUAAUAUUGGACUAAUUUUGAAUAAUAAUUGAACUAAUUUGAAUAAGGUUUCAUGAAUUCGUAGUUGCAAAAAGAAAUAUGAUUUGAUGAUGAAGCAUCAGUUUGAAACUGGACAUUGUAAAUAUAUUGAUACAGGUUUCUCAAGUGGUGAUCCAUUGUAGACAGACUAUUAUAUACCUAAUUAUAUUUUUAAAUAGUUAUUAAUUUAGUUUUAC